AUGACUGAUCUGACCCCGGAUCGGACCAGUUCCCGCCGUUCCGAUGUCCAUUCUUCUCCAGCCCCGUCUGUUCAGAAUAUCGACAGUACCAGCAGCGCUGUCGUCUGUCGGAUCUGCCAGUCCGAGACCGGCCAAAUGGUCCGCCCGUGUGCUUGUGAUGGAUCGGUGAGCAGUCUUUACAAUGGGAAUGUCAAUUUAUGGUGUGAUUUAUAUAGGAUAGAUAUAAAAUUAUUUACUGUAGAUGGGGACAAUCCACGAGAAAUGUCUGAAUCAAUGGUGGGACACAUCGGGGAAGGACAUGUGUGAGAUUUGUCUGACCAAAUAUGCGAGAACUGGAAGGGUUUUGAAGCCUAUUCGGCAAUGGAGCAAACCCCACAUCACAUUCAAUGUAUGUCGUAUACGUAUAUUACUUUAUGUCUCAAUUGUUUGCUUGCCUAUGUGGAUCAUAUAUUCUCCUUUCAGAUCGUCUAUGAGAUCGGUGCUGUCCUCUCCGUGUGUACCAGCAUCUACCAGGUAUGCCAGCGACAUCUUUGUUUUAUUGUAAUCUCAGAUGUUCAUGUUGAUUCACGAGCGAAAGACCCUCGAAAGACUUCAACUUGGAGGUUCCUCAGGCCCCCGAACCCAUGAUUGGGUCAGAUUUUGUAAGUUUUAUCUUCAAAUCUUCCAUUUCCAACAUCAUCGUAACGUCAUUAUAUUACCCAUGCCAUUUUCAGUGACUUUGACCGUCCUCAUAUUUGCCUUGCUCCUUUUGAUGCUCCGUGUUGUCCGUAAGACCCUUCGUUACAUCCGCCAUCAGUAUGUUGUGCGUUUCACGGAACAUCAGAUUCAUCGUCAACGGGAGCAGAAGGCCAAAAAUUAG